AGCUUAUUAUAUAUACCCAACCCAACCCAACCACAAAUUUACAGAACAAAAGUUUCAGACUCAACUUGAAUCUCCUUGUUAUAUAUUUAUACUAUAUAUUCAAUGAUAUAUAUAUAUAUAUGGUGAUAGUAAUAGUACACGUGUAGAGAAGUGACGAUAUUGCAGGACCUUUAUACGUUGAGCUAACUUUUCUCAGUUUUGUUCUUCUUUUACUGGGUCUGAAUCAACAAAAAAAACAAGAGAUUUUUUUUUAUUAUUAUUAUCUAUUAUUAUUAUUAUUCUCUUCAGCUUUUAGGGGAUUCUUUCUUCGAGAAUAAAAGAAAAAGAUGAACAACUCGCUUGAUGAACAUAGUUUUUAUAUUGAGAGUGAUGAAGAUGAAGAAAAGGAGUUAAACGAAGGUGAAAGAGGAGAAGAUUAUGAGGAUGAGAAAGGGUUACUCAAAGGUCAAGAAGACGAAGAAAAUAACUCAGACUCAGAUUGUUCUGAUUCCUCGGCUGAAGAUCAGAACCAUGAUCGACCAGGCUCAUACAAUAAUACCGCAUGGCCUCAAAGUUAUAGGCAAUCCAUUGAUCUUUAUAGUAGUGUACCAUCUCCAAAUCUUGGGUUUCUUGGGACUCCUAAUUCAUUCUCAAGAUUAGGAAGUUCUUUUCUGUCGUCUUCGCUUACAAGAAGGCACACUCCUGAUUCAUUGUUACCUUUGACGAGACCAUUUUUAGAAGAUGAGCAACGGCAACAGCUACCGCCACAACCACCUCACAGGCAUAGCUCUCACCUUCUCCCUCCUGCUAUUCCUCCAUCAAGAAGGUCUUCCAUAAGGAGAGAUGAAAAAUCAUUUACUAAAGUCUCACAUGAGCUCCCUAUCUCUCGCAACAGCUCAUUUGCACAAACUGUGGCAAAUGGAAUAAAUGUGUUGUGUGGAGUUGGAAUCUUGUCAACUCCUUAUGCAGUCCAACAAGGAGGGUGGCUUGGACUUGUUAUUUUGUUUGUGUUUUCGGCGCUUUCUUACUACACUGGCGUGCUUCUGGCUCGUUGCUUAGAUAGCGAGCCAGGACUCGAGACUUACCCGGAUAUUGGCCAAGCUGCUUUUGGCACUCCUGGUCGAAUUAUCAUUUCGAUAAUACUAUACGUGGAGUUAUAUGCAUGCUGUAUUGAAUACAUAAUCCUAGAGAGUGAUAAUUUGUCUUCACUAUUUCCAAGUGCACAACUAAACAUUGGUGGGUUCCUAAUAGGCGCACGCCUUCUCUUUGCAUUGAUCACAACUCUUGCUGUUCUCCCUACAGUAUGGCUUCGAGACCUCACUGUUCUAAGCUACAUUUCUGCUGGCGGAGUUGUGGCAUCAGUAAUGGUAGUACUAUGCUUGUUUUGGGUUGGUACAGUCGACGGAAUCGGUUUCGUGAACAAAGGGACAGCACUUAACCUUGGAACUCUUCCUGUGGCAAUUGGUCUUUAUGGCUAUUGUUACUCAGGACAUGCAGUUUUUCCAAACAUAUAUACUUCAAUGCAAAAAAGAAGCCAAUUCCCUUUAGUUCUCUUGACCUGUUUCGGUAUAUGCACUUUGAUGUAUGCUGGAGUAGCUGUUAUGGGAUAUAAAAUGUUUGGGGAUGCCACUCUUUCCCAAUUUACACUUAAUAUGCCUAGUGAAUUUGUGGCCACCAAGAUCGCUGUAUGGACUACGGUUGUGAAUCCAUUUACUAAGUAUGCAUUGACCAUAACUCCAGUAGCAAUGAGUUUGGAGGAACUUCUUCCAUCAAGUCAAUCCAAGUCUCGUCACAUUUAUUCUAUCCUUAUUAGAACUGGAUUGGUUAUCUCAACUUUGAUAGUGGCUCUCUCAAUUCCAUUUUUUGGCCUAGUAAUGUCACUCAUUGGAUCUUUUCUGACAAUGCUUGUGACAUUGAUACUUCCUUGUGUUUGUUACCUAAGCAUUUUGAGAGGAAGAAUAACUAAAGUCCAGGGAGCAAUGUGCAUUGUUGUGAUUACAGUAGGUGUGGUGUCAUCAAGCUUUGGAACCUAUUCAGCUCUUUCUAGAAUUAUUGACAAUUUGAGCAGUUGAAUCUACUUCACCACAUUAUGGAGUCUAUAUUUUUUCUAAACAUAGUAUUUGUUGUUAGAUAUUUGUUUUUGUUUUCUUAGCCAUUCACUAAUUUUUAGCCAAUUUUUGUUUUUAUAACUUUCUCCGGCUUGUUCACCCCUAUUAAAUUUUUGAGUAGCUUAGUAUUUAUGAAAAAGUUUAUUUAUAGUUUUUUUUAUUUUGUUGGGGUUUGAAGUAUUAUAAUAAUAUAAGUAAAUUUGUAAAUUGCUUAUAAAACAUAUAUAGUGCUAUGCAAAGAAAUUUUUAGUUUAA